UCUGCUCCUGGAGCAUCAUCUGCACCUUCAUCCCACAAGAGGGGCUCCUGCCCUCCCAGAACUAAGCUGAGGUUGUCUGAUCAAAGACUGUUACAUAGUAUCACUAACAAGCAGCAUCUGACCUUCAGCAACAGGAUGAACUCCUUACAAGACUGAGAAUCCUCCUGGCAAGGAGCAGCAGGUACCAGGUCUGACUGCUCACAGUCACUCUCCUCUGUCCACAUCACAUAAGCUGUUGUGUCUUUUAUCAUCUGUGCUUCAUCUAUCUGCUGUAUCAAGGUGAAACAGCUGUGUGGAGAUGGCUCUGUCAUCCUGGUUCAGAUGGAAUGAGCCUAGCCUUCGCGUUUCACAGCGAAACCCAACCGACAUGGUGGUGGACACAUUAAUGAUGGAGCUGAACUGGCAGAUAAAGCAAGCGGAGAAACUUCAUCGUGAAAAGGAGAACGAGUAUCGCAAGAUAAAGACCGGCGUGGACUACAGUUGGCUGAUGAGCUACCAAAAGCACAACUUUGAAAUCAGCCCAGGAGAGAGGCUGCAGCUUGAAGAAACGUGCAGCAAGAUUCACCCGUCAUACUGCGGACCAGUUAUUCUCCGGUUCCGGCACCUUAUUGCAGAGUACGAGCCUGACGUCCAGGAGGUACCACGUAUCUUUAGGUCAGUCCUGCAAGAAGCCACUGAAAAAAUGAAAGAGGAGGAAGAGACAAAGAAAAUUGCAAAGCAGUGGACCACGAAGCGAGCCAUGAGUUUGUCCCUUACAACCUUCAGGUCUCGAUCCAGAAUCUUUCCUUUCAGCAGUGAUAUUAAGACAAUUUCAGAGGAUGUGGAACGAGAAACAGAGCCCCCGCACAGAGUAUGGAGCAUGCCAGAAUUCCGUACGACCAAAGAUGAAUAAACUGUAAACUCACUGUAUGGACAGGAAGAACACGCUUGCACUUAUGACGGGGAAGAGGCUUUAUUUUCACUUUUAAAACCUUUUCAAGACCAUAUGUUUUUACUUAAAAUGAAAACCAUCCUUGGGAUCCUAAUAUUUUGUACGAGCGACAACAGAAGCACAAACAUUUGGAAGAGUCUUAACCAGAGCCAGAUAAAGACUACAAGUGGGUC